AAAAACAAACAGUGUGGCAACCUCAUGCAGCUUACCUGACAGUUGUUUUUAUUCGCUUAUUUACGUUUUUUUUUAUCUAUUUCAUAAUUACUGUGUGUGUGCUCAUUGAUUAAUGCUCUAAGAGAUAAGAUCUUAUGCCGACGAGAAGACAAUCAGACAAAUGACUUCACAGAUCUACAGUCAAAAGAAAUUCAUACCGACGGCACCAGAGAAGGGUAGCUUUCCAUUAGAUCACGAGAGCUUGUGCAAGAAACACUUUAUAAUCUAUGCGAGCUGCUUGCGCCGCAACGAGAACGACAACGCCAAGUGCCGCCGGGAGGCACAAGAGUAUCUAGGCUGCCGCAUGGAAAACAAUCUUAUGGAGAAAACAGAAUGGUCGAAACUGGGCUUUCCGGAGCAGUCGAAGCAACCGAAGCAGCAGCAGGAGCAACAAUAGCAACAAUGAGACAAGAACGCAAUAUUCUCAUUGCGGCCACAGGCAGCGUGGCCACCAUCAAGUUGCUGCAAUUAAUAGAUGAAUUGAGCAACGAUAAGCUGCCCUACAAAUUUAGCGUUAAGGUCAUUAUUACGGAACAUGCGAAGCAUUUUGUGGAGCUGGAACAGAUGCCGGAACACGUCUCCGUUUUGCAUAAUCGUGAUGAGUGGCUGACGUGGAAUAAGCGCGGUGAUCCCGUGCUCCACAUUGAGCUCGGCAAGUGGGCCGACAUGCUCUUAAUUGCGCCACUCAGCGCCAACUCUUUAGCCAAAAUAGCAACGGGCAUCUGCGACAAUCUGGUGUUGUGUGUGGUGCGCGCCUGGGAUUUGGAUAAGCCGCUGCUAUUUGCACCCGCGAUGAAUACACGCAUGUACGAUCAUCCCAUCACUCGGGAGCAUAUCGAGAAGCUGCUCAGUUGGGGCUACCGGCAGAUACCCUGCAUUUCGAAAACGCUGAUGUGCGGCGACAAGGGCAACGGUGCCAUGGCCGAGGUGCAUACAAUUGUGGCAACAGUUGUCGCCACCUUUUACCAGUUGCCAUUGUAACUGAUAAUUAUAUAUUCUGUAUAAAUGCUUUUGUUAAAUAAAUGGUAUGGGCAAGUUUAGAAGACUCUGCAGCAAAAUAA